UAUAGCGGGCUAGGAUACGUAGACAAUACUUAAUCAGGCGUGCUAUUUAAGGUUUGGUAUUUAAUCAUACGGACCGUGUUCGAACACCUCACUCCGUUAGAGAUCGGAAUAGUAAUCGCCAGAUUGGGUCGGGAUUCUAUCGAUUAGCUCCAGCGUGCUACUUCCUGUAGGAUAUUUCCAUUAACCGUGCGUCACACAGUAAGCUAAGAACUGCCACGUAGAAUUUCUUAUUAAUGGCGAGUGCGUCUUAAUUGAGUUGCACAAUGGUUAUUCUGUGUUAAUUUCAGUGCAAUGUACGCAACGAUGCUAGUCGCAAACGCUGCGGCUCACAUGCUGUCGUCUUCGCUGGAGUAUUGAGGUGUUGGAAUCUCAGGGAUAUUAUGCAUGGUAAUGGGAAAUCGUCCAGGCACCAUGAUUGUGAGUAAGAAGUACGAUAAGGCCCGGGCGCACCGUCAAGGAUGAGAGGUAGCUUUUAACCCGUACGUCGAAUACAUUCGCACGAGGGCUGAUUCGACGAUGUCCUGAAAGGAGAAUUAACCUGGUCGAGUUAGGUAUUGCUGUUUCUCCGGAUUCUUCUCUCGUGUGAUAAUGUCAAUAAAUUUUGCUGCUAAAACAUAUAUGAAAGGUUAAGAUGUUUUCGUUCACAGUUUACGAGGUUUUUGAACUUAAAGAAGAAGUGGAUUUCACUUAAUGGCUCUUCUAAUUCGCCGCUGGGAAAUUAAAGGCGUCUCGACCACAACUCAAGUGUUUUCUUUCAGAAAUAUUCUGGAAGUAAGACGAAGUUGGAUUUCGUAACCUUCGCGAGGAUAUUUUAAACUGUCUUUCAUUCUGAAUUUCUCGGGGGUCAUCACAGUGGAAAUACAUUAUGCAUUCCAUCAAUAUUCUAGGAUUCGUUAUCGACCAAUGGUUUCGUAUAUCGCAAUUUGAGGACAACCAAACUGACCCCAUUUAAAGUUCUUUGCAGUGCUAAGGAAUAAUUUAUACCUCGGGAGCAGAAAUGUUUAAAGUCUUCAAAUGCGUGAUGCCGUGAAUACAUUUUUGGUGGUAAUUAAUUUAUGGUGAUCGUAUUCCAGACUUAUUUACUGUAAUAGGGAUAUAAUGUCAGUCACCGAGUAUAUGACGGUUUCUCUUCAUAACAGUUUCUGCCUGCGGAAAUGAAAUAUCCCCGGAUCCAAUGUCACUGGUGGUUACAUUAUUAAUCAGGAACCUUGGGAAGGAGAGUUUUUUAGCUGAAUACAUGAGAAAAAAUUAGUCUUAGAAUUCUUUAUAUAAUACAAAUAAUGUAUCUCAAUAGUUCAUAAUAAUAAUCCCUUGUGUGUUUAUUUUAUAGGGAAUGAUACCUGUUGUAUUUAUAGGAAUAUCGUUAUAUCUAUAUGAGAAAGAAAACAGUUUCCCUUCUAUACUGCACUAUUGUGAUGAGCGAGAAUGGACGUUUGAUAAAAUUGUCCUGCUCUCCUCUCCCAGUCAGAGGAAUAUUGCUUCUUGCAACGUGACACAUAUAUUACUGCAUGUACAAUUGUCAACACGGAAGCAGUCAUAUAGAGGAAGCCUGACCACUCGACACUUCACCAACACCAUGUCCAUACAUCUCGAGGAAUAGUAACUUUUGGACCAUCGGUAAAUCGGGGGAUAUUUGGGUCAUAAUUUAAGUUUUACAGGAAACUACAUCAACCACUCAUGGUCCCUCCUACGCACUGUGACUUAAUUAUAUAAACAAUUAGUUCAGACAUCACAGAAUUUCAAAUGCGUGAUGAAAUAUAGAUGUAGUCUACUUUACCGAGAAAAGUAUUAUUCUGAAGUUUUGAAUUCAUAGGUUUCGGUUCUUCAGGGGGACGCGUUUGACCGGAUAGCUUUGGAUAUCUGCCCGAUCUGAAACAAUGGAUAUCAAGAUCUGUUUUGAACGCAUCCGUUUUUGCUGUCGCUGUCGAGAGUAGUUAUAAGUACUGUUCAGUCCAGGAUUGCACAACCGUAUUGCAAAAAGUAUGUCGUUAGUAAUGGUGUGAUCGUCCCACGCACACUGGCAAGAUUCCCGCUGGACCUUCCUGUAUAUAAUAGGCUAGCACUCUACAAAGCCGCCAGUGUUAAUACAUCAUAAUAAUGCACUAUAAUUGAGUGCAAAGUACGCUAAAGCGAAUGUCAAACAGCACCAAAAAGGGUCCUCUUGAGACCCGAGAUGGAGAGGCAGAAGAACCGCGUCUAUUUAGCGGCAUAUAUACAUAUAUUUUCGUGCCGGGGGCGUUAGAUAUUAGUAACACAGGACAGUGGUACGAACGGCUUUGACGGUAUGUUACUUCAAUAAAGCCAGAUAGAUGAACGGUCAACUUACCAGUCAGAGUUCAGAAGAUGACCCAGAUUAGACCUAUAUUUCUGCGGGGGCCACAUGUAUGUACAUACAUCAUGAUAGCGUUGGCAUUUGGCGUGGCUACACCCAAACGAUGGAACAAUAUAGAUAUUGGGCUAAGCAGCAAAUCUAAUCGGACGCUUAUGAACUACAAAGAUAGGCAGUGUCUACCUCGGAGCGAGGAUGACUUAGUGCGGCUGAUGGACAGCCAUUUCAUGUCAAACAAAAUGGCGACGAAGCUACCGCGGGGGCCCGGAAGGGAAUUGGGGUUGACGAGUAAACCGACAUCGCGAGCAGGCAGGACGUCACGACAUAUCUACAAUGACGAUCGGGGGCCAACGGAAGGCCUACGGACUGUAAGCGAGGAUUCACUUUAUUCACAUGAAACCGUAGACUUUAAAUAUCCUGUCGGCGACAAAGACUCGCCCACAAUCAAUUUACAGGACUUCACUGUGAGUUUACCAUCACAGAUUGACGAAGUAGAUAAUCUUAAACGAGUUUCUAGUUCAGAUAGCGCAGAAAGAGGGGGUGGGGAUGAACGUACGACUCAAAAGUUCACAAAACGGCGUCUUUUACAACGAACGCGUCGAAAGGCUACACCGCCUCGUGAACGGCGACGCGCCAACAGACAUAAAGGGAGGGAUAGAACCGGGAUUGGAAAGACAAACCUCGAGGAACCCCCUUGGCAUUGUGAACUGAAGACUGAAUGGGUACGCAUGCCCACUGGGUAUUUCCCGCCAUAUGUGCAAACGGGGCGCUGUGAACAGUCUAACUGCAUGUUUGGUAUGUACCAGUGUAAGCCUAAGCAUUAUGUGAUACGCGUGCUGAGACGCAACCCCGAACAGUGCAAUCCCCUCCCCGUACUUGGCGUCAAUACCACGUACGAGGAGGCAUGGGACUUCGCUAAGUAUAAAAUCACCAUAUGCUGUGAGUGUAGCCGGUCAAGACAAUUUGGCCGACAAAAGAGCCGGCGCAAAAACAAAAAUAAAAACAAAAACAAAAAUAAAGGUUUCGCCGGAAUCGGUGUGGAAUGAGGGAUCUUCAUUCCUCCUUGAGUGUGGAGUGACCCAUCCUAAUCGGAAAGUGUUCAUCAUAAAAUGGUUUGGUCACCAUUAUGUGAGCAAGGUUCAAUGAAAGGGGACCAGGAAUCAUCGUCGGCGUUUGUUUGUGGUAUAUCUAUCAUCCAAAGUGUUAUAUUUACUCCUGGCAUUUUACAAACAAGAAGUGACGUUCGACUUCCUUUGUUGACGGGCACGCGCAGCUCAGUCCUAGCAAUGGAGAGAACUGGUUCGAGACAACAUCAGUAUUUACGGGUGAACUGUUGAUAAAUAAACUGUUCGAAAUGUUUGGUGAUGAUGAACAUUGGGUGCUUUCGUUUCAGACAGAAAUUACGUUUUCCGUCACCAAACAUCUCUAGCAGAACUCGAACGCGUAAGUCUGAAGAUAUUUGAAUGUUCCUUACGUGACUACCAACACUGUAUGCGCUAUUUGCGCCCGUACGAAUCCGAUUCGAACGGUUCUGUUAUCACGCGAUGACUGGUUCAACGCGAGAUUUUCGAGUGAUGAAAUGGCCAGUAUCUAAAUCAUAUUUCAUAUCGAUGAGCAAGGACGCUGUCUCUCUGCGGUGAUGACUUGUGUUACAGCUUCUAAAGAGGAACAAGCAACGCUGGUGAAUGUUGGCCUUCACUCAAUAUGUGGAAUUCCACGGCUGCACUUAACCUGAGCUCUGGCCAAAGCAAUUCACCAAAAUCGAUGAGGAAUGUUCCAAUCGUCUCGCAUUGUCCCCCGAGAGGCAACAGUAAUAGAAAGAAGCCAUUGUCAUCGCGCUGAAAGGAGACUGCCGACAUCGAUCGGCCAAUGCAUAAUUCAGGACGAGUUUUCGUCAAAAGUUACUGCGAUGUCAGCUAAUGGUUGAGAAGUGAUAUCCCUGUGCUGGCGAUCUUUGUGAACAUGAAGGCCGCUGGGUGAUCAUUUCCAAUGAUUGCCCCGGCAAAUGGACGCGUACUUCGGUUACAAACUCUGAUAAUUGAAUGGGACUGGAUCGCACAAGAUAACCUCGUCUCCAUGAUUGAUAUUUGAUUGGGGCGAGGUUUGUUCUAACACUGCCUUGUGACUUACUAGUAUUUGCUUGAUUUUAUCAAAUUUGUCGUUAACGCGGGUAGUGUAUGGAGGUGUUAUUACGGACACAAAACAUUGUGUCUAUCAUUUUGACGUUGCAGAUAUUAUACAUAUAUGCAUAUUCCUUUAUUUAAUUAACUGACGUCAAAUCUAUUUAUAUCAAAAUAUAUAAAAACGGAACAUGUAGAUAUGGAAUGUUGAUAUGGUUGUUAUCAAAGGUUGACCAAGAAAUGUGGCCCUUUGGUGCCGAGUUGGCUUGUAAAAAUCUGUACGUGUAAAAUAUAUUGCCUCUACGAUUUAAGGCAUUUUCAUACAAAAUGUUGGGUUAUGUACAGUUAAGUUAUGUACAGUUGAGCGUUAUUUGUUACUACGACUGGAUUCUGUCUUCGCCAAUUCCUUUCAUAUCACGCUAAGACGUCCUAUUUACACGUGACGUAUAUACCUCGGCAGAAAGCUGAUAAAUGCAAAAUGGGUAACAACAGACGUUGUUCUAGGGUGCUACCAAACUGGUAACUUUGAGCUCCACUGUCAAUUAACUGGAUUGUCUUUGAACUCGUUAAGUAGCGGAAAGUUAAAGACUGCUUCCCGUAGAGUGUUUGCCAUAGCGAUCACAACCGCGGCAAAAUUACUUUUGGUCCCAGAGAUUAUUUGGAAAUUUAAAUUUAAAUCAUCGGCUAUUACAGUUGGUGGGUAAGGCAAGUAUCAUCAGAACAUGCCAAAACACUAGUUUUUGAUUAUCAAAUAACUGCUGGGACUGAAAGUAGUUUUGUCGUGGCGGUGAUCGCAGGGGUAAUACAUGUAAAGUGAAAGAAGAAGACGGUAUCCAGUCCAAAGUUGUUAAAGUAUAGGUCGGGUACAUUAUUUCACAUUCGACCUGUCCGUUUUACAGGAAGUGCGCAGAAUUAUCUGCGAAAGCUGUGCGGGCUUUCAGGUUGUUUCUUUCCUCGGGAAAAGGAAAAAUUGACGACCAACAGCAUGUUCAGCUAAGAUGGAUGAGCUAAUGUCACAACGUCGUUUAUGUCAUCUGUCUUCGUCUGUUUGUCAACGAUACUCUGGUUGACAAACUGACGGCAUCUCGACAUGUUGACAUCUCGACCUGUUGAUCAAGAUUUAGGGCAAAAAUGUCACUUACUUUUCAGGUGUAAGUCAUGUCAGCACGAUGUCCCUAGGACCUGUUUCGAAACCAUAAGGUUAAUUCACUUUGCUUCAUGUCCAUACAUGUACCCUACCUGUACUUCGACGGCCUCUUAAUAUCUGUAUGUAUCAAAACCUUGUUAAAAGUCAAUGUGAACGUUUGGACUUGACAUCCAAACAUUAUGUUGUAUUAUAAACUUGAAUCGGCGCUGGCUUUGCAGCUGAACAUUUAUCCAUUCUUAACAUCAUUGUCAUCAAUUCAUGAUACAUGUUAGUCAUACUUCGACCAUAAAGGACCGACUCGUUUCUGGAAGGUAUCCGUGUGUACAGAUCUAAAUACAUAGCGUGAAAUCCUUUCUAGGAUCGAGGGAUACGAACCAUUGGCCAGUGGUAGGUAGUUCCAUUGGCCUCGACGACGAAAUUCAUACCUUCUCGACGACGAUCCAUUGGCCUCGACGACAAAAUUCAUACCUUUGAGAAUGAGUACUCAUCUAUUUCGAUAUCAUGAGAACUAUGACUCUUUCGGAAUACCCCUUGCCCGGGAACACUCGUUUUUGAUAGCCUGAUGGCCCUUUUAUUGGAAAUAAGAUAAAUCGAAAUGAACGCUGCAUUUCAUAAAUAUGUAUUUACUAAUUGGCGUUCAUCGUUCUGAUCCUAAGAACUAGUUCCGUUUAUGUACAUGAUGUCAUUCCCAUUACUACAAUUCUAUUGUUAAUUUAUGAUUAAAAACAUAAUUCCUGGUUGAGACGGCGAUUCACUCAAAAGCAGAAUUAUGGAUAGGCUCCAAAGCGCCCCACAUAUGUGCGAUCUUAUUUGCUGCAACCUUUGAAAAUUAUCCAUGCAUACCAAGCGAAAAUUGAUCGCAUGUUCGCAAGUAAAACCGAUAUUCGCCGGUGGGUUUGAUGAACAGGUAGGUCGCAGCAAUCACCAAUUCUUGUCGCAAGCAUGCCUGCGAUUACCACCAUAAAUGUGCGCACAUUUUGUCGCAGUGCGAACAUGAUCGCACGUUGCAACGGUAUACUUGCUCGUUUGUGGAAUGCUAAAGAUAAGUGGUGAGGAGACGAGGAUUUAAGCACCCCGCAAAUAACGUGGACUUCCAAUCAUCAUCAAACCCAGUGAUUGCCAGUUUUACCCGCAGACGAGAGAUCUUUCUAUAGCACAUUGCAGUACGGAUGUAUAGCGCAUAGCUCUACAUCCGUGAUUGCAGUGAUUAUAAUUUCGUCGUACGAUGAAACAUACGAUAUUAUGUAUCAUUUUCUAUAGCACAUUGCAGUACGGAUGUAUAGCGCAUAGCUCUACAUUCGUGAUUGCAGUGAUUAUAAUUUCGUCGUACGAUGAAACAUAAGAUAUUAUGUAUCAUUCGCACUGUUCGCUGGCCAUGAAAUUCUUUAAGAUGUUGGGAGUAGGUUUAAGCUGGUUUUGGAACCAAAUCACAAUUUCUUUCUGAAAGUAAAAUGUAUUUGUGCCGGGCAUAAGCAGUAAGCAGUAUAAUGACUUUGAAAAGUUUGAUGUCGAACAACGGCAUGAAGCGAAGAUAUACAACAAAUCACAAGAAAUACAUUCUAUAUCUCGUGAUUCUGAGACAACUUCUUGAGUACAGCCUGUGGUGUGAUUUGCUUUUGUGCGACAACAAACCGACUGAAGCCAAAUACAUGCUGGUUUGAAACCUCAUGAAAGUAUGUAUUAUGUAUUUCGAAAUCCGUCGAGCUGUCUUUCAUCGAAAAUGAAAAUAAUAAAUCAAAUGAAGAAAACAA